AUGAAACGUCAAAUGAGAAUUUAUAAACCCAGUAGCAGUAGUCGGGAGUUGAAUAUGCAAAUACCAAGAAAAAUGAGUAGUGCACAAACUGUAAUGGCAAGUAUUACACGUACACUUGCAACGCGUAAUGACCCUCAUGGAAAAGCUUCAAACGAAGUGAAACUUGCUGGUGAAGAAAGUAAAGACAAAUUAUAUGAACCGAAACACCGUAAAAAAGUAUUUCGUGUUAUGACUGUUAUUGCGUAUAUUAUACUAGUUAGCUCAGCGGCUAUUAUUUUGUCACUGUUCUAUGUUUUUAUUUGGAACCCAACUGAUUAUCGGUUACUAAUAAGACGAGCUAAAUUAAAUAAUUCAACGAAACUUGCUGAGUGCCUGAAUUCAGUGUCACCUGGUACAUUAGAUGAGCUUGCGUUGAGAGUGCAUGAACUCAACGAGGACAAAACAAGUUCAAAUGGAACAGAAUUUAUGAAUAAAUUAAAAUCAAUGUACACAACGAGUAAUGAUAAAGAAAAUCUUCAAGAUCCAAUAAGAGUCGAAACAACUGUCGAAUUAACGUCGACUACUGAUUCAUUUAUAUCAAUUGUUCAAGAAGAGACAUCUAAAUCGUACGAUGCCGAUAUUGAUAAAAGCGUUUUACCAGAACGAUAA